AUGCAGUCCUGCGACAUCUGCCGCAAACGCAAAGUGAAAUGCGACCGGCGUACCCCGUGUGCCCGCUGCCGCCGCCUCCGCCAGCCAUGUACUUAUACUGAUAUCCUGCGCAAAAAGGGGCCAAAAUUCGUGCAUAGUUAUCCACGGAUCUAUAGCACAGCACUUACAGCAUCAGGCUCGGGCUCGGAAUCGGUGUCGACUCCUAGUCUGAUGGGGCCUUUGACCACUUCGGUAUGCGGGUCGAGUGAGACGCUGCCACUACCGUCCUUGAUGAGCAGAAAUGUGGGAACGGAUUUGGGUGUGGAGGCGUCUAUACAGAUUCAUUCGAGCUCGGGGAUACAGUCUAGUGUUGACUCGGGAGCAGGAACAGCGUCAGAGCCGGACGAAGAAUUGAACCUAGACCUGGACUUUGACUUUGAAGAUGUCCCUUCAGGCCAGCAGCUUCGGCCUCCACAAAACUCAGGCCUGGACAGGGCUUUCAAUCCGGACGUCCCUUUGGGUUCCUUAGGUAGGACGGCGGGAUUGGAGACGAGUCUGGAAGGAAUAUUAUCCGUAUAUAUCGAAAAACUGCACCCGCUUUUUCCUGUUGCUGAUCUUCGCGAAAUCCAGGAUACCUUGAGAGCUGGAGGUUGUGGCCAGAACUCCAAUUAUGAAAAGAAUUAUGGGUUUGAUCCGACUCAAUACGCAUUACUGUGUUCGUUAUGUGCUGUGACGUAUGCGCAAUUGACUUUCUCAUCCGGACGAGGUUUAAGCUCUUUUCCUGCUACCAUGGAUCAAAUUCAGGGACAUGAGCAUGCAUGUCUGAAAUACCUCCAGGCAGCCCUUGAGGCCCAGAGGCAGAGCGACCACCCGCAAGUCAACCAUAAAAGCCGACAAGGGCAGGCCAACGGUGGUUCAGUCAAAAGCAAAGCCCGAGACAAGAUCCUCACUUCCUUUUAUCUGUUCAUGACGUACUGGAGUCUCAAACAGAUGACGCACGCGUGGUGGUACCUCAGGGAAUGCAUCACGUUGCUCCUGUCUGUCCGCAUGCAUCAAGAAGAGGAGCAUCGAAAGUUGGACAUGCGCGAAGCGGAGACGAGUAGGGUGUUGUUCUGGGGCGUGUUUGUCGCGGAGCGAACUUUCUGCAUCAUCCAUGACAAACCAGUCACGCUUCGGCCCUGGAUAAAUCUUCCAAGGGUACCGAGUCUUCUUGACGAAAAGGAACAUGUGACCGCAAUCCCUGGAUUUGUGCGUCUGGUGACUCAAUUUCGGGGGUUGGACGUUGAUUUGUCCGGUUGUUGGACAGCGGCGGGAUUUGUUACACCUAUCUCUCGAAGUCUGAGUCAUGGAACGGGAGUUACCACCGCUACUACCGAUGCAUCAAGAAUAGCAGCAGGUUACGAGUAUGACGACACGGGUCUCGAAACAGAGGCAUGGAUACCCUUGCAGCAACUUGACCUCGCCAUCACGAGAGAGUGGCUGCGCGCAGAGAUGUGGAAACUGGGAACCCCCGGUCACCAGCAGUCUUCAUCUCCGAGAGAGUUUGUGGCGGCGCUUGUAAAAGAAGGGGGACAAUGGCGGCUGGAGGAGCCAUUGCUUAUAGGCAAGGCUACACUGGGCAUUUUACAGAGUAUGGAAGAAAUUCUGCAAGAUAACUGGAGUGCAAUCAUGGACGAGAAGCUGUACGACAUCUGCGAGUGCCUGUGCGACAUCCGGCCGGUCAUACAGACAAGACAAAAUGGAGUUAGAGAUGUCGAGGUCGAGAUCAAUCUCGAUCAAAUUCUGCGAGGGCUUCUGGACUGUUUGGCAAGGCUUAGAGGGCGUAGUGCUUACUUGCUGGCGUCGCGUCUCGGAGAUUAA